UGUCUAUCUCCACGCUAUGGCGGCAGCUGGAAGGGAAAGAGAGAAUGCUACAGCGGACAUUCGCAAGUGCAGGGUCAUCGAUAAAGUGGUGGUUGAGCAGCACCUAUGUGGUGCGAGAAGAGAGUGGAUGAAGAUUGUAAGGAGGCAGAGGAAUAUCGUCUGGGACUGGAAGACGAAGGGCGAUAUCAAGAAGAGGCUGAAUUUGACGAGGCAGGACAUGCUCACGACCGGGGAUGGAAGUUGUCGUACAGGUGAAGAUGUCGUCUGCUGCCAUCGAUGCUGCGGGGAUGAGGGCGUCUACGAUACCGAGUACAGGGCUGCCUCCGUCCCUUCCAACGAUGAUUCUUGUGAUACCGAACGCGAUUGCAAUGUUUUCGUGUUCACCGAGACAGGGUACCAGAAGGAGUAUUGUGGUCUGAAUCGAACCAAGGGGCGUCGAAAGGCGGAGGACACGGCCAAGUGACGUCAUUAUACAGGUCUGAUCCCUUACCACCACAACAAUGCCCUCCUCUUCUGCUGAUGUAUGCCUCUACUUUGUCGCAAUCAUCGUACCUCCCGUGCCCGUGCUGAUUAGUAUGUUGCACCCUGCUAUCGUGAACAUCAUUGACCGUGCUCGUGCUCGUGCGCGUGCUCAGAACGAGGCUGCGCUGCCGAUUUCUGGAUCAACAUUGCACUGUGUGUGCUAGGGUGGAUUCCGGGUGUUAUCCAUGCUUGGUGAGUGCGAGCGACGCCUGCAGGAUCCGUCACGAGUUCACACGGCCAGCAGGUAUAUCAUUUCCAAGAGUGAAGGUGCUAUGUAAAC